AUGAUGGCCCCGCGCGGCAGCUCCCGUUCCGCGCAGGCCGCUCAGGGGCGGGGCCGCCCUUGUGCUUCCCGCCCUCAGCGGCUGCGCGCCCUCAGGCGCCCUGGCGCCCUCAGCAUGGCCGGGGCGGCGCUGGGCCCGCCGGGCCCGCCGGUGAAGGUGCUGGCGGCGCAGCUGCGGCAGGCGGAGCGCGGCGCGGGCGGCACCUGGGAGCUGCAGCGGGCGGCGGCGGGCCGGGCUCCGCUGGCCCUGCGGGCCGUGUGGAUGCAGGGCACCGUGCUCGAGGUGCGACGCGGCGCCGAAGGCGGCACGGCCCGGCUGCAGGACGGCAGCGGCGCCUUCACCGUGCUGGGCGUGGAGCAGGUGCCGCAGGGCCGGCCGUGCCUCAGCGCAGGGAAGUAUGUAAUGGUGAUGGGUGUGGUGCGGUCCUGCAGUCCGGAGCCCAUUCUUCGAGCAAUAAAGAUGACAGAUCUCUCUGAAAACCCCAUUCAUAAGAAUAUGUGGAACCUUGAAGUGGAGGAUUUGCACAGAGUCAUCCCCUAAUGGAAAUUUGUUUUCUUUUGCUUUUUGGUGCAGAACAUUGGACUAUUCUGUGUAACCACUCCUGGAGUAAACCAGUGAGAAGCUGGGCUCAGUGAAACAUAGGGACCAGUGCUUAUCUGAUAAUAAUCACAGUUCAUGUCUCCCAGUGUUUUUAUACCAACAUGUGUGAGCAGUGCCUAUUUGAUGUUUUGAUGAAGAUGUCCAUGCCAUUAAAAAGGCUGUAUGUUUGUUUCUGUGUGUUAGCAGCUGUCUGGGGGGGCUCGUGUCGAGGCAGGUGUUUUACAGCAGGGUGUUCAUGGCAGCAAGGGCUGCACAGCACUCGUGCUACCAGGGUGAACUCAGUACCUGGCAUCAAGGCAAAAUGUGUUUCAAUCCAUUUAGGCUGUGCUUGGAAAGAAUUGUUUUCACCUGUGUUUUCUAUUUCAGUAAUCACCAUGUUUUUAACUGCUUGUAAGACAGGUGUCUCUUGGUAACAAUUAGCAGUGUCUUGUACUUAAAAUACCUCUCUAGUUUCUGAAAUACUGAAAGUGGUAAUGACCCCUCUGUUUCAGUGAAGUGAAGUUAAUGAAAAGAUGUGAUGCUGGAUUCCUUGGAAUAGAUUCUCCAGGUGCAAGAUGUAAAUACUUUUUACCUCCAGAAACAAGUGUUAUAUUCCUAAGUGCAUUUUUCUUUUUGAAGUUUUUUUUUUCCUUCCAGUGUAUGCUAUUUUUAAGUGUUAUUUCUAGCAUUCUAAGUUGUAUUCUAUUCUUACAAUUCCUUUUCUGAAAAAAGUCAAACUAUGAAAUCAUAUCCAGAAACUUAAAAAGUAGAAAUGUUACUACUCUUUAUUUUCCAUCUUGUCUAAAGAGAAUUUGGGUCCUGACAAAUGCAUUGGAGUAUCUGUGUGGAAUGGCUUUGUGAUUGGGGACUGUAUUGUGCAGCAAUAGAGUUAUGUUAAUGAGGAAUGCGUGUUGGAAGAGAAGAGACCAUGAUUGAAUGCUUUGCAAUUUAAGAUGAAAAUCAAAUUGUAGUAAUUAAUUUUUUUUAAUUGGACCAGGUUUUCAAAGCAUGUGGAAACUAACCAGCACCCUUUAAAGAUUUGAGUUCUUUGCAGGCUAAGGGCUGGAUUUCAGAGUGCAAUUCCAGUCCUGAGUUUGGUGUUUCAAAGCAGAUCACAUCACAGGCAGUUGGAUAGUGGAAGUCCUGUGCUCUUGAGAUCCUGCUGAUGAAGUGCCAAGACAUACAAAGAUAAAGACUUUUGGCAGUCUGGGUUUAUUCAUUGUUUGUAAUUCUGGAAAAAAUCUGCUUGUGGAGUGCUGUAGCCUUCAGAAAUAAUUCAUGUGACUGCCAUAUUGUCUGGUGACUAGUUCAUAUUAAAAAUUAUUUUCCUAGGAGUUCAAAGCAAAAGACACUUGUAGCCAGGGUGAAUGUUGUAUUUCUAAACAAAAGGCUGCUGGAGAUUGCUUUGACUCCCAGCUCUGUUGUACUUCACCUAGUGAGAGGCUGAUGGUGGCUGUUUAAGGCUGGGCUGAAGGGCCUUAUUUCUGGGUACUGGGAAUUCUCCCUUUUCCUCACCUUGUGUCUCAAAUUCUGCAGUUAAACAUGAGUUUGUGAUUUUUGUUGCUUUUGCACAGCAGAAUAUGUAACUGAGGAGUUGUAGCCCUGUGUUGAGGAGGAGGUCACAGCUGAGCACUUGUUACAUCUGUUUUGGGGUUGGUGUAAUAUGUUGAAAUUCUAUGAACUUUAUAGAUCGUGGAGUUCUCUAUAAAGGACAUGUUGGAGGUGAGUUGUAAGCACUAAAGCUGCACUGGGAAGCACCACUGGAGCUGUGUGCUCUGCAGGGACAGCUGCUGUGGGCAGGUGUGCUCAGAGUGCUCUCACAGCAGCAGUUAGGGCAGGAAUUCCUGGGUGUGCUGUGGUGGGGAGACCCAUGAGAGAGGCAGUGCAUGGUAUGUGUUUGCCAUAUAACAGUUUAUAAACUGCAUGGUGCACCUGAGGCAUAAACAGUUGCAUUACUUCAGUCAAGGUGUUCAAUAACGUGCAGUGUUGUCAGUAGUUAUCUACUAAAAGUUUAGUCCUGGUAAAGCCAGGGCUAGUGCAGAGAUAAAAGCCAGUUUCGAAGUACUGAAGCUGGUGGAUUGAUCUGAUAAAUGCUUCAGCCAAACCUUUCCAAGGUGAUUCUUCUCCAGAGGUUCACAUCCAUGAGAAAUCACAAAGAUCUCUCAGUUGGCCCGAGGGCUGUUUGGUGGCAGGUGGCAACUGCCCUGCAGGGACACUGCUGUCCCUCCCUCCAGGGACACCUGGAAUGGGCUUCCCCACAUCCCCCUGUCUCUCUGCUGUUGUGUUUGCUGAUAGGAGCUGCCAUCUCUCUCUCUCCUCUGUUAGGCAGGAGGGUGAUGUGUGGGCUCCAUUUUUUAAUUGCCCAAGUGUGACAUUACCAUGCAGUAAAUAAGGCAUAGUUGAAAAGUCUGGCUGGAUGGUUUUAGUGGUUCAUUAAAAGGUUUACACAGUUCAGUCAAAGAACCCUGUGGCCUGUGACACUGCUGUGUUUGUGGCAGGUAUUUGGUGAACAGAGCAUUUGCCUUUGCGUUAACAGCAGAGUCAGGGAGGAAAGGCACAGCUCCCAGUGCAGAAACAUGGAUAUAAUGCUUUAUUUAUGGCAGCUGUGAUUCAGUGCUAAUCUCCAAUUACCAACAUGACCUGGAACAUUUCAUUUAAGUGUGGGGUCUUUUGGAGUUUUUUUUUUCUCUCACCCCUGAUGGUGGCUCUGUUAGCCCUGCUCAGUUCAGGUGGUGUCUCAUACAUGCCCUGUGUGCAGGUAGGUGCACUGGGUCAGUGGGGUGCCCAGCCCAGCCCAUGGGGUCAGCAGAGUUUCCACCUGGCCUGUUGCUCUAGGGUUGGAUUGGGGCUGGGUCUGGCUCCUGCUGAGCUUCAGGGCUUGAGGUGUGUCCAGGGCCUGUACAAGUUCCUGACUCUUUGAAGAGUAUCUAGACAGGAACUGUGCAUGUGGAGAACCUAGGAACAGCUCAGACAUACCAAACACUGGAUUGAGUGACAUGGCUGCAGUUAAAAAUGUUUAUUGGUGGUUAAAUGGCUUCUUUAUUAUGAGUGAUAAGUUAUCUGCAGCUUUUAGAGGAGACCUGGUGUCUGCAGCCAGCUCAAUGUUGUUGUCUGCAGUUAGGAUUUAGUUAAAUUCCUGUAUGUCUGUAUUGCUGACUGAGCUCUUCUCAGUCUUUUCCUCUACUUGCUGAUAUUUUUCUUUGUUUCUGAAGCUGUCACCACAAGACAUUUUUCAGAGAUGCUUGGUGUGCUUAGCUGAGGGGUGACGAGACAUUCAGUGACUGGGGAGAAAAUCAUGUGUUUUUUAAAAUCAGUAACUGGUAUAAAUAUUCUGUAGCUUCCAGAAAUACUUACUACUAUUUUGGCUUUUUACAAGGGUGCAGGUAUAAAAUUAUUACAGAGGAAUAUUUGAUUUCUAGCAUCUGAUGUGUGUGGGAAUGCUAAAAAUUGCAGGACUUUUUCCUGACUAGUGUAGGAAUCAUGUUUUCAUUUGUAUCAAGCUAGAGAGUAAAUGUUCAGAAAGCGAGUGCAGCUGCAAGCAGCACACACGAGAAAAGAGGCAGCUGCUUGCUUUUUCUGUGAGCCAAACCCAGCCAGUGCUAACUCUCUACAGAGGUCAGUGCAACUUUGUUGUUACAAAUAAUCAAUAAAAAUGUACUCCAGCGUAAAACUAA